AUGGCUGGGGUUCCAAGCACCUACGAUGCGCCCGUUCACAUCGCCGUUAUAGGCGGUACUGGCAUUUCGUCGCUUCCAGGCUUUACCCUCGCGGCGACACUCGAUGUUGACACGCCAUGGGGAAAGCCAUCAUCGCCAAUUAGCAUCCUGCAACACCCCUCGCCAACCACCGGGAAACCGAUUCCCAUCGCCUUCCUGUCGCGACAUGGCCUCUCCCAUGAGCUUGCGCCGCAUGAGGUCAAGAACCAGGCCAACAUGGCUGCGCUACGACACAUCGGUGUGCGCACCAUCAUUGCCUUCUCUGCCGUCGGUUCGCUGCAAGAAGAAAUCCAACCGCGCGACUUUGUAGUACCCGAUCAGAUCAUCGACCGCACAAAGGGCAUCAGGCCAUUCACAUUCUUCGAAGGAGGCAUGGUCGGGCAUGUGGGCUUUGGCGACCCCUUCGACAAGAAGCUGGCCGCGAUCGUCAGGCAGUGCGGACAUGCCUUGGAGGGAGACGGCGUUAAGCUACACGACAAUGGAUUGCUCAUCUGCAUGGAGGGCCCGCAAUUCAGCACACGCGCCGAGUCCAACCUCUACCGUUCGUGGGGCGGCAGCGUCAUCAACAUGUCUGCUCUGCCCGAGGCCAAGCUUGCGCGAGAGGCUGAGAUUGCAUACCAAAUGAUAUGCAUGGCCACAGACUACGACUGCUGGCGCGGAAAUGGCGAGGAGGACGUUAACGUGGAAAUGGUCAUGGCACACAUGAAAGCGAACGCGGAUAAUGCUAGACGUUUCGUAGGCGCUGUUCUCAACGAGCUAAGCAAGGAGGAGCAUGAAAAGCAGGUUCUCGCAAAGCACCUCGACGGCCAAAUGAGGUUUGCAGGUGCCAUGACUAAAAAGGAGGCAAGAGGGAAGGAGGCUGAGAAGAGGCUUCAAUGGCUAUUCCCCGGUUACUUCGACUGAAGAAGGCUGCCGAAACGCACCCCUUUCCCAGCAGCAUAGAAUCGAUUACCAUUACGCUAUCACGAUGCAGGCUGGCUACAUGAGGAAGGUGGAUAGAAGUUACAACAAACUUGAAUUACGUCUUUACAUCAUGGAAAAUGUAUGCUGAGCAUAUCGAUAGCUAUGCGUAAGCUAUCCGUUUCAGGUUGGUGUCCGCGGACGUAUCCUAGUUAAUCCCACCAUUUGCUCUCUUCCGCA